AUGGAAACACCGAGUAGAAACGACAAAAGGAACGAGAGAGAGGAAGAUGGUGUUGGUAGUUCUGGUUUAGGGUCAAAGAAGAAAAGCAGGUCUUUUGUCUGGAAACAUGUCACCAGACAGAAAGACAACUAUGACAUAUGCAAAUGCCGUUAUUGUGGGAAAGAGAUGAGUUGUCCAACCAAGUCUGGGACCUUCAACCUCAGGAAGCAUGUACUUGGAUGUAAGGCAUUCCUCGCAUGGAAGGCCGCAAAAGCAUUUGAAGGGAAGGGUAGACAGACAGAGUUAACUCCUGAUGAAGAAGGCAAUAUCACUUUGUAUAAGGUGUCUGAAGAUGUUUUCAAAGAGGCAACCAAUGAGUUGAUUGUAUUAGGCGAGUUUCCUUUGGCCUUUAUUGAAAGCUUGGCUUGGAGACAUUUCUGCUUAAAAGUUCAGCUGCAUCCGCCGGUUUGUAGGAAGACAUCUACAAAGGACAUUGUGGCCAUGUAUGCAGCAAGGAAAGCUCAAAUGAAGAAAGUUCUUGGACAGAACAAACAACGGUUAUCUCUGACGACAGACAUCUGGGUUGUUCCGUACACUUCAGCAAGCUACAUGGUGAUCACUGCUCAUUUUGUUGAUGCAAGUUGA